AUGCUCGCACGACCAGGAGGUACUCGAGUCUGUCCGGCCAUUGGUCGGCGCGUGCAGGCCUACUUGUCGGCGCCGGCGACCGAGACGAACGCGACGCUCGGAGCUGCGUGCGAUGCGAAGGAGGCGACCCCGUCGGUGGCUGGAUCGGAUGUGGGCAGUACGUGUCGAAAUGGUCGGUCGAUCAAUGGUGGCGAUAGGAUGAACGCGCUCGCGUUGCGUGUGGCAGCUCUCGGUGCCGUGCUGACCCGCUGCUACAUCCCAUCCACGGAUCCAACCAUGCUCGCACGACCAGGAGGUACUCGAGUCUGUCCGGCCAUUGGUCGGCGCGUGCAGGCCUACUUGUCGGCGCUGGCCACCGAGACGAACGCGACGCUCGGAGCUGCGUGCGAUGCGAAGGAGGCGACCCCGUCGGUGGCUGGAUCGGAUGUGGGCAGUACGUGUCGAAAUGGUCGGUCGAUCAAUGGUGGCGAUAGGAUGAACGCGCUUGCGUUGCGUGUGGCAGCUCUCGGUGCCGUGCUGACCCGCUGCUACAUCCCAUCCACGGAUCCAACCAUGCUCGCACGACCAGGAGGUACUCGAGUCUGUCCGGCCAUUGGUCGGCGCGUGCAGGCCUACUUGUCGGCGCUGGCCACCACGAACGCGACGCUCGGAGCUGCGUGCGAUGCGAAGGAGGCGACCCCGUCGGUGGCUGGAUCGGAUGUGGGCAGUACGUGUCGAAAUGGUCGGUCGAUCAAUGGUGGCGAUAGGAUGAACGCGCUCGCGUUGCGUGUGGCAGCUCUCGGUGCCGUGCUGACCCGCUGCUACAUCCCAUCCACGGAUCCAACCAUGCUCGCACGACCAGGAGGUACUCGAGUCUGUCCGGCCAUUGGUCGGCGCGUGCAGGCCUACUUGUCGGCGCUGGCCACCACGAACGCGACGCUCGGAGCUGCGUGCGAUGCGAAGGAGGCGACCCCGUCGGUGGCUGGAUCGGAUGUGGGCAGUACGUGUCGAAAUGGUCGGUCGAUCAAUGGUGGCGAUAGGAUGAACGCGCUUGCGUUGCGUGUGGCAGCUCUCGGUGCCGUGCUGACCCGCUGCUACAUCCCAUCCACGGAUCCAACCAUGCUCGCACGACCAGGAGGUACUCGAGUCUGUCCGGCCAUUGGUCGGCGCGUGCAGGCCUACUUGUCGGCGCUGGCCACCACGAACGCGACGCUCGGAGCUGCGUGCGAUGCGAAGGAGGCGACCCCGUCGGUGGCUGGAUCGGAUGUGGGCAGUACGUGUCGAAAUGGUCGGUCGAUCAAUGGUGGCGAUAGGAUGAACGCGCUCGCGUUGCGUGUGGCAGCUCUCGGUGCCGUGCUGACCCGCUGCUACAUCCCAUCCACGGAUCCAACCAUGCUCGCACGACCAGGAGGUACUCGAGUCUGUCCGGCCAUUGGUCGGCGCGUGCAGGCCUACUUGUCGGCGCUGGCCACCACGAACGCGACGCUCGGAGCUGCGUGCGAUGCGAAGGAGGCGACCCCGUCGGUGGCUGGAUCGGAUGUGGGCAGUACGUGUCGAAAUGGUCGGUCGAUCAAUGGUGGCGAUAGGAUGAACGCGCUCGCGUUGCGUGUGGCAGCUCUCGGUGCCGUGCUGACCCGCUGCUACAUCCCAUCCACGGAUCCAACCAUGCUCGCACGACCAGGAGGUACUCGAGUCUGUCCGGCCAUUGGUCGGCGCGUGCAGGCCUACUUGUCGGCGCUGGCCACCACGAACGCGACGCUCGGAGCUGCGUGCGAUGCGAAGGAGGCGACCCCGUCGGUGGCUGGAUCGGAUGUGGGCAGUACGUGUCGAAAUGGUCGGUCGAUCAAUGGUGGCGAUAGGAUGAACGCGCUCGCGUUGCGUGUGGCAGCUCUCGGUGCCGUGCUGACCCGCUGCUACAUCCCAUCCACGGAUCCAACCAUGCUCGCACGACCAGGAGGUACUCGAGUCUGUCCGGCCAUUGGUCGGCGCGUGCAGGCCUACUUGUCGGCGCUGGCGACCACGAACGCGACGCUCGGAGCUGCGUGCGAUGCGAAGGAGGCGACCCGAUCGGUGGCUGGAUCGGAUGUGGGCAGUACGUGUCGAAAUGGUCGGUCGAUCAAUGGUGGCGAUAGGAUGAACGCGCUCGCGUUGCGUGUGGCAGCUCUCGGUGCCGUGCUGACCCGCUGCUACAUCCCAUCCACGGAUCCAACCAUGCUCGCACGACCAGGAGGUACUCGAGUCUGUCCGGCCAUUGGUCGGCGCGUGCAGGCCUACUUGUCGGCGCUGGCGACCACGAACGCGACGCUCGGAGCUGCGUGCGAUGCGAAGGAGGCGACCCCGUCGGUGGCUGGAUCGGAUGUGGGCAGUACGUGUCGAAAUGGUCGAUCGAUCAAUGGUGGCGAUAGGAUGAACGCGCUCGCGUUGCGUGUGGCAGCUCUCGGUGCCGUGCUGACCCGCUGCUACAUCCCAUCCACGGAUCCAACCAUGCUCGCACGACCAGGAGGUACUCGAGUCUGUCCGGCCAUUGGUCGGCGCGUGCAGGCCUACUUGUCGGCGCUGGCGACCACGAACGCGACGCUCGGAGCUGCGUGCGAUGCGAAGGAGGCGACCCGAUCGGUGGCUGGAUCGGAUGUGGGCAGUACGUGUCGAAAUGGUCGAUCGAUCAAUGGUGGCGAUAGGAUGAACGCGCUCGCGUUGCGUGUGGUGCGUGCUCUCGGUGCCGUGCUGACCCGCUGCUACAUCCCAUCCACGGAUCCAACCAUGCUCGCACGACCAGGAGGUACUCGAGUCUGUCCGGCCAUUGGUCGGCGCGUGCAGGCCUACUUGUCGGCGCUGGCGACCACGAACGCGACGCUCGGAGCUGCGUGCGAUGCGAAGGAGGCGACCCGAUCGGUGGCUGGAUCGGAUGUGGGCAGUACGUGUCGAAAUGGUCGAUCGAUCAAUGGUGGCGAUAGGAUGAACGCGCUCGCGUUGCGUGUGGUGCGUGCUCUCGGUGCCGUGCUGACCCGCUGCUACAUCCCAUCCACGGAUCCAACCAUGCUCGCACGACCAGGAGGUACUCGAGUCUGUCCGGCCAUUGGUCGGCGCGUGCAGGCCUACUUGUCGGCGCUGGCGACCACGAACGCGACGCUCGGAGCUGCGUGCGAUGCGAAGGAGGCGACCCGAUCGGUGGCUGGAUCGGAUGUGGGCAGUACGUGUCGAAAUGGUCGGUCGAUCAAUGGUGGCGAUAGGAUGAACGCGCUCGCGUUACGUGUGGCAGCUCUCGGUGCCGUGCUGACCCGCUGCUACAUCCCAUCCACGGAUCCAACCAUGCUCGCACGACCAGGAGGUACUCGAGUCUGUCCGGCCAUUGGUCGGCGCGUGCAGGCCUACUUGUCGGCGCUGGCCACCACGAACGCGACGCUCGGAGCUGCGUGCGAUGCGAAGGAGGCGACCCGAUCGGUGGCUGGAUCGGAUGUGGGCAGUACGUGUCGAAAUGGUCGGUCGAUCAAUGGUGGCGAUAGGAUGAACGCGCUCGCGUUGCGUGUGGCAGCUCUCGGUGCCGUGCUGACCCGCUGCUACAUCCCAUCCACGGAUCCAACCAUGCUCGCACGACCAGGAGGUACUCGAGUCUGUCCGGCCAUUGGUCGGCGCGUGCAGGCCUACUUGUCGGCGCUGGCGACCACGAAUGCGACGCUCGGAGCUGCGUGCAAUGCGAAGGAGGCGACCCCGUCGGUGGCUGGAUCGGAUCGUGCGUAG